AUGGGCAUGGCGCCCCUUAACGCUGUUGACCACGUGGUGGGUUCUGCUACAGCCGCUGUUGUUUUCACGACGGUAUCACAAUAUGUCCCCUCAAGACGGCUGGAGCUGUGCUCUGAGAUUGUCUGUUGGGUACUUCUGCCUUUUCUUAUAAAGCAUACUGCUUUACCAAACAUCCGGCCGUCUUCGCCGUUACUGAAUGAUCCGCAAAAACAGCGUCAUUCGUCUUUGUCGCAAUGGCUUGUUGCCUUGGGUAUCGCAGCUGCGGCUUUUUACAGGGCUGAGAGUAUGACCAUUGGUUUCUACCCUCUCUUGACGCCUCUUCUCCUUACACUACAGGCGUACUUUCAAUCAAGCAUAUCAUCUGAUCCAAUCCCUACCUCACCCCUCAUCAGUACCAUCAAAGGAACCACACUAGUCGCUAUCCUUUCGGCAUUCUCACUUUCAAAUGGGGAUCUCUUCGGCUCCCUCAUAUCGAUCAUAUUAGUGGCUUCUCUCUUUAUUGUCUACAGCGUCAUCAGUCCUGGCUUCAAAGUGAAAAUAUUAUCGCUUUCAUCAGUUGACAUCGAGACAAAUAUCAAGGCCAUCGCAGGCCGAACGAUAGUCCUCCUUUUCGUUGCGGUGGCUUUCCAAUCGUUUAUCCUCGGACCUCCAAACAGCAAUGUCAUUCUCGUGCUCUUUACGGGAUCAGUUAAGGCCUUGUCUUGGUUCUUUACCAUUCGGGUGGCACGACAAACCUCUUGGUGCAUAGCUACCACGAUAGGAACAUUCGCUCUCGCAUGCGCCAGAAACCCCUUCUCACAAACCUCUCAACUUCAAGCCCUGUCUCACGUCGCAGUCUCGGCACUCACCCUUCAUCAAACUACUCAACUCCUCCCUAACCAAUCCAAAGGCAAGGCUCUCCUGUGGUCCUGCUUGUUAGCAUCCAUUAUUCCCUAUCUCUACAGCGAAUACAUGAUCCACGACGCAACAUCCUCAUCAUCCACCACAUUCAUCUCCCAAUCUCACCCCAUCAAAUUAUUAACUCAAGAAGCAACCCCAAUCUUCGAAAGGAAACUUAAAAACCAAUCUCGAACAUACCCAGCAGCAGUGAAGCAGUACAAACAGCGAUACGGUCUUGAUCCACCACCUGGUUUCGAAGCAUGGUUCCAAUAUGCCCUGAAGCAUAAUUCACCCAUCAUUGAUGAGUUUGACACGAUUCAAGGUGCCAUAUCGCCAUUUCUGAAACUCAGUGGGAAAGAAGUUUCUGAAAUAAUUGGAAGGGUAUAUAAUACCCCGCGUAGUGAGGUUUGGCUCUGUGAGUUUUCGGGUAAGACUGCGAAGACAAAGUGUCGGCAUCCGAGUCGUUCUUAUGAUCGGCACUAUAGCUAUAUUUUUGAUAAGUUGUUGUGGAACCUUCCAGGAGUUUUGCCGGAUGUCAAGUUUCUGAUCAACCAUUUUGAUGAACCGAGGGUCAUCAUACCAUCACAAGAAGGCAGUGUUGACAAAGCUAUCCGACUGAAUGACAUGUCGAUGAAGCCCACUUGGGAUGCUUUGACACGGUCUUGCCCAUCACAUAAGACCUAUAGGGACGACCAAUCUAUAGUCGAGACAUUCGGGCUCCCUUUUGUUGAAGACCACCUCUCCGGUUCAGAUUUGUGCAAACAUCCCGAGUACAAAGAUAUGCACGGCGCAUUCAUCAGCCCAAAGACCUUUCGUCUUAUUGAAGGUCUAGCACCAGUCUUGUCAACAGGUGCAUUCUCAACAAUGGGCGAUAUCCUCUUUCCAAGUCCAGCAUACGUCGAAGAAGAGUUUCAGUACGACAAGACCCGAGACAUUCCAUGGUCAGAGAAGAAGAACAACUUGUACUGGACUGGCUCGACUACAGGAGGUUACGCGCUCGAUGAUCAGUGGCGGAACCACCAACGGCAGAGAUUCGUGACUUUGGCGCAGAACCUUGGGCAGCAAGAGCACACAUACCUUAGGGAGAAAAACGGCGUGAUCAGUACCGUCAAGUCAUGGUUUCUAAACGGAAGAUUAUACGACGUCGGCUUCACAAGAAUCUUCCAAUGCGACCGCAAAUUCUGCCGCGAUCAAAAAACGUUCUUCAACGUAAAAUCAUGGGCCGACAAAGACGCAGCACUCCACUCAAAACUCGCAUUCGACCUCGACGGCAACGGUAUAAGCGGGCGCUACUACAAGCUCCUGUCUUCAAACACACUCCCCCUCAAACAGGCUCUUCUUCGAGAGUGGCAUGACGAGCGGUUGGUCCCGUGGGUGCAUUACAUACCCGUCAGCCAAAGCUUGAAGGAACUACCUGAGCUGGUGAAUUACUUGACGUUGAACGAGGCGGGACAGAAGGUGGCGGAGAAGGUGGCGAGACAGGGGAUCUUGUUCUUAUUUAGAGCGCAGGUCUCGAGUUUUGUUACCCCCCCUUUCUUCGUCCUUGCUCUUCAACCGUCGCCUCCUCUGCCAUGUGUCGUGGUUACAGACUAG